CGGACACAAUGCAACGAACCUACCAGUAAUGAUCCUCUUCAUUUGGCAAUCCUGCAAACAGCAUUUCUUCUUCACUCUCUAUGUGCCUACCAUAAACUUAUUGUGCUCUCAAUUCUCUCCCAGCUACUGCGUCGUUCCUCGGAGGUCUUCCAGGGUAAAGACGGGUUCGUCACAUUGCGGGACUUGUUCCGUUGGGGUGAACGCUAUCGCCUUGCCAACAUUGCUGACGUCCCCGAGGUUGGCAGUGGUGCACGCCAGCAGCUAUUCGACUGGGACGCAUAUCUGGCAGAGCAAGGCUACCUUCUACUUGGUGGUCGGGCCCGACGCCCUGAAGAGGCAGCUAUGGUUGCGGAAGUCAUCCGAAAAGCCUUUAACCGUCCAAUCGACGAACACAAGUACGUACUAACACCAACUCUUUUCGACCAUGCUUCGGGAUCCUCGUUGGCUGUGGCCGAAUUUCUGAGCCUGGUUAGCCCUAAAGACGUCAGUUCAACUGCAUCAACCGUGCAAGGUGGCGUAGAGCUCUCCAAGGAGUUUAAGCAUGUCGUUUGGACGCGGGACAUGCGUCGUCUCCUUGUACUUGUUGGGAACGCCCUCAAGUACAAAGAACCUGUCCUUCUGGUUGGCGAGACCGGAUGCGGAAAAACCACCGUAUGCCAAAUCUUCGCCAACAUGCGAGGUCAAAAGUUGCACUGCGUAAAUUGUCAUCAGUACACCGAGGCCUCCGACUUCCUGGGUGGGCUACGCCCAGUACGGGGAUCAGAUGGCCCUAGUGGUGCCGACAGUGCGGCCUCGGACUCUUCUGCCGUUGACAGUGGUCGACUUUUUGAGUGGGUCGAUGGCCCUCUGGUCUCAGCCAUGCUCUCAGGUGACAUGCCAAUGCCCACCGUUCGAGAUCUGCUUGCGUGGGUGGAAUUCAUGCACAAUAUUGCCAACACUCCCGGAUCCACACAGACUGAUGUGUCUUCAAUGUACACAGCUAGUUGCCUUCAUGGUGCCUCUCUGCUCUUCCUUGAUUCUCUGCAAAACACCGAUGAUACGAAUGUCGAAGGGCACGAUGUGCAAGUAUGGUUUGGGAAGCUCAGAGAACAGAGAGGGAAGAUCGCGGACGAAUGA